AUGCGGCUGGACAAUGAUCCGAGUUUUUCAGAACUGGACCCUGUACAAGUUAUUGGAGCUGGAUUGGACGUUUUAACAUCUUUAAGCAAUCCUUUAGACUUGGCGAAAUCUGCUUUUGACUUUGCUUCUUUAUUAUUUGAAUUGAAUAACAAUCAGAAUAAUAUCGGCAGUACUUUCAGUAUUAUCAAUGACAAGUUAGAUGACAUUACUGGAAACCUCGACAGUUUCAGAGAGGAAGUCAUGAGUAAAUUAGAAAAGAUUGAGCUACUCGUAGAGACGAAACCACUCAUAUCAUCAUUUUUUCUGCUUGGGACCAUAAUAGACAAUCAUUACGAUGAAAUGUUACGAAUAUUAAAAGAGAAUUACACUCAGCUAUUUAUCGAUGAUUUUGUACAUGGUGUUGUAAAUUAUCAUCAUUAUCAUGGUGUAACGCAAACCUUAAAUGGUAUGCACUCUACUUUAUACAAAGUAGACGAUAUUGUUUAUAAAUAUUCCAAAACCAUUUCUUCGCCUAUAUGCCCGAGCCGCUAUUCACAGGUGAAAAUAGUUCAGAAAUUUUAUCCAGCACUUCAUAACGCUGAACUAAAAGGACUUGCCAUACUUGUGUACGCGCUAAAACAGAUGCAUGGAAAACAAACACCCGAAGAGUUAGAAAAGAAUCUUGACGUCGUGAAACAAAAUUUCUACAGAAGAUCGAACGAAGCAUUCGCAGCUCAAAAAGAUACCAUGGGCAUGAUUUCUCGCGUGCUGUGGAACUGUGAAAUAGUAGACAGCCCUGAAGAAGGUGUCACUUAUGAGCAGUUUGGCCCAUUUAUUUACCGAACAUUCGAGGCCAAGGAAGCUAUGACGGCACAUUUUUAUGAACUCUGCAAAUCCAUAAACGAUGUUGAGAGUCGCUGUCUAGAAGAGCCUGUAUAUGUGUGCGAUAAAUACGCGCAUUGUCGUGGAAAAAUAAUGUCUUGCAACAACUUGGCCGCAGACAUCGAAGUUUGUCAUGCAUCGGCUGAUAAAACACGUAAGUACGAUUACAUAGAAUUUGAGGGACAGAUUAUGGCCUACGCUUCAUGCCUUUGUACGUGUGAAAAUCCUGAUUCAAAAUCGUACAUCAACUUGAGAGAAGUGGUAUCAAAUGUGCAGGAAAAUAAGGUCAUCACAGGGAUUCGUUUUAGAAAAGUCAACGAUAUUCUUCAUCUUCAAGUGCAACAAGCCAAACUUUUACCAUCAGCUGCGAUAGAUCCAAAAACAAAAUCUUGGGUAAAAGUCAACGCUUACGAGACGACCGAUAGAGACGUGCGGGUAGGCAUCGAUUAUCAUCAAUUGAGCUGGUAUUCAAGAUCUUUCGAGCUGGACGACGUUGAAGUCUAUAAAAAUACCGUCUUAACUGGUGUGAAAUUCGCCGUGGAUCAAGGUUUAAUACGAUUGGAAGUUCGAGGCACCGAAUUCUCCAAUACGAGCGGAAAACUCAAAGCCAAUAAGCAUUCGUGGCACCGUCACACGACCUCUCAAGAGCAGCUGAGCCCCUUCCAACUGGAAUACUUGGAUUUACCGCCGGAACAUCCGAUAAGUCAACCCGCUCUUACGGAUCCAGGUCGGUACACGACUUUGUCUACGAGUAGCAUGCACCAUGACCUAGGACAAAGCGUAAUACCAUUCGUGGAUUUGAAGCCUAUUGCAUCGAAGAAUCCCGAUGUUGCAUUAUCUGGAGUUGGAUUAUUUCAUAAGAGCUACAAAGAAAGUGCAGCCGGAUAUUUAGCGCUUAAGAUUUUAACUUAUAAUUUCAAUUAAAUUAACGUACCUGAAA